AUGAUUUCAAUUUAUUAAUAAGUUCCUUUAAAAGUAGAGGCAUUUACUCACAGCUAGAUUUGUGUUCGGAUUUCGUGCUGGAUUGCAUUUUUCUUAUGCCUGUAGCUUUUCGGAAUUGGGGAUAGAAAGAAGUUCAUUUCUAAGCCAUUUUAUCAUUAAGAAUGCGAAGAAAGUGAUUACUAGAAUUCGACUAAGAUGAGUUGUUCUUCAAUUGGGAUGUUCCAGCCCGAGAUGAAGGAUGUUAAAUUGGAGAUCAACGUUUCAAUCUCGAAUGUAACAACAACAAAUAUCCAUUAGGAAGAUUUAUACAAAUUGAAUAAAAGCAAGCUUUCCUCUGAAUUCUAAAUCAGUAGCAUAGGUGUUCAAUUAACCUUGUAUAGCAAUCAAUCACUUGAUAAUUCCACGUAUAAAUGAUAUCGUAAUAGUAAAGUGAGAUGAAGAAUUACUAGAAAUAUGAAACAACGAUGAUAGAUGAACAAAUAGAGACGAAGUUGAAUUGCUAGAAAUGGUUCGAUCAUUUCAAUUGCAUCGGAGACUUAAGGGAAAUAAAUACAAACCAAAACACUCUUUUCCUAUCACAUAUAUCCAUCAUUAAACCACCAGAAUACUCAACCUUGAAGUUGUAAUAUUUGCAAUCAACAUUUGAAAGUACUCAAUUCUAUCGCAUACUGCUCUCAUGUUAAGUAACUACUAUUCACAUUCUUUAAAUUAGUUCCUUUUCACUGUGAUCAUCAUUUAUGCAAUGUGUUAUUUGUACAUCAACAUCGAUGGUUACCAAAGAAUACAAUGGCCUGAUAUAUUAAAAUGGAUACCCUUUUUGUUGGUUCUGAUGGUAUUUUAUAACAUGCCAGUCUAACUCUUUAGAUAUUCUCAUUUGUAUUUUGUGCAAGGCUAUACAAAUAUGGUCUAAUUGUUUGUACACACUAGUUUGUUUUACUUCUGGUUGAUCAUUUUUGAGUUCUAGAAAUUUCAAAAUAUGACAAUGGAAGAUAUCAUUAAUAAGAGGAAAUUGCUGUAAGUUAAACAUGCAUUUUAGAUUAUUAUUGUUCUCUUGUACACUAUGCCAUAAGCAUUCAUGAAUCUUUAUCUCUUCUAUCAGAAAUAGAACAACUCCUAAUUUGACAUCAAGAAGGACAUUCUAUUCUAUGAAAUCUAUGAUAGAUACAUAUUGACAGUCUNA